CACAGUGAGUGGCGUUAUCUUUAUUUUUUGUUUUGUUCGCUUCGCUUCGUACUUCGACCCGACAUAAAAACUAACCAACAUCUUGAAAUAUGACCUCUUUGUAAGAAAAAAAGUUAACUUUUAAACGAGUUGCACACAUCAGUCAUGUUCAGAGGCUCGUCCAGUCAGACAGAUAGUUGGACUGUGUGUGUGCAGCUGUUUCUCGACAAGGACCACUUUCACUGUUUGCCUCAGAAACUUCGUUCUAGUCAUGCAGCUGGUGAUCCGCCGGUUCCGUCCCUCAGACAAGGAUGCAGUGCGCAACCUGUUCAGCAUCGGCAUCCGGGAGCACAUCGGUCCAUGUUUUUACAGGGCUAUGAGCAGCCCUUUCUACCUCGUCAUCACCCUGGCUCUAUGUGUUGCUGGCUACCUCCUUGGCUCCAUGUUUGGGGCUGUGAUGUUACCAGGAGUCUGGAUUGGCCUUGUCUAUUACUGCUGUCAUAAGCUAUAUGCCAGUUUUGUCAGGGAGAAACUCCAGACGGACAUGCAGGACAUCCCUGCUAACUAUCUGAGCAAACCUGAUGACUUUUUCUGGGUGGCUGAGGCUGAGGUUGAUGGGAGAGCCCAGAUCAUGGGUAUGGUGGCUGUAGUGACCAAACAAAGCGGAAAGGAAAAACACGCAGAACUGUUUAGGAUGAUCAUCUCACCAUUGUGCAGACGCAUGGGCUUGGGCCUCAGGUUGGCUCAGACUGUGGUUGACUUCUGUAAGGAACGAGGCAUCUCUGAGGUGACGCUGGAGACUAGCUCCACUCAGACUGCUGCUGUGGCCCUGUACAAGAAACUGGGGUUCAGCCAAGUCCUGACACACACCGAAACACAGGCUCCCUUUUGGAUUGUUACGCUGGCUAAGGUCACAGUAAUAAGAAUGAAAAAACACCUGUAGUGCAGAAAUAACACUGAUCAAGAACUCCAAUGUUCUUGUGUUUCUUUUUCUCAGUGAUUUGACCUUUUGUAUCGAUUAUUCUUGACUGAAACCACCAUUUCUAAGCUAUGUAUCAUGAACACUGUUUUAGCAAAAGAAACCUCAGUAAGUCUCACCUAGAGCAAAGAGUCUUUGAUACUGUGAGACCAACUUAUCAUGGCACAAUGACUUGAUUGUUGCACUGUCGAUAUCUCUUGAGUUUCAAGUACCGUUAUUUGAUUUCACGAAAGAUCGAUCGCGUUCUAUUUUCACACGAAAACAUGCAAGAAAUAAAAACA